UUUGAAUUUGGAGCUCAGCGACCUUUUGGCACAACAGUUGCACACUUCAUUGCCAAUGUGUUCCCCGUCAAGGGCAUACAAAGAGUCCCCCCUUGACCACCACACACCCUAAGCUCAAAGGAGGGCGUUUUUGGCCACAUCAUUCUGCAUUACUCAUCCAAAAAUCAGGAUUAUAUAAAGUGCAUUCACGUCUCAUCGUUCUUCUCAUCUCACAAUUAAAGCAUCAAACAAAUACAAGCAUGUCUAGAAAAAGUUGGGUGGAUUUGUGGGCUCCUGCCCCCGAGCCGCCGACAAAAUUGGGUUACUAUCGACUUCUCAGUCCGUCGGCUAGUGUUCGCGUAUCCCCGCUUUGCCUUGGUGCCAUGAACAUUGGUACGGCAUGGGGUGAUUUUUUGGGACCAGUGACGCAAGAAGACGCUUUCAAAUUGCUGGAUUACUUUUACGAAUCUGGAGGAAAUUUCAUUGAUACCGCAAACAACUACCAGGAUGAGCAAUCUGAGCAGUGGAUAGGCGAUUGGAUGAAGAAGCGCCAAAACCGGGCUGAAAUGGUCAUUGCCACAAAAUUCACUUCUCCCUACAAAAGCUACAAGCGUGAUCAAACCAUACAGACCAAUUACGUGGGAAACAGUAGAAAGCAUCUCAUUGUCUCUCUCGAGGAUUCUUUGCGAAAACUUCAAACAGAUUAUAUCGAUGUCCUCUACGUUCACUGGUGGGACUUUACGAUGUCCGUCGAAGAGAUGAUGCGUUCCCUCAACUACCUGGUGCAAUCAGGCAAAGUCCUCUACUUGGGCGUGUCAGAUACACCUGCAUGGGUCGUAAGCAAAGCCAACCAAUAUGCCCGUGACCAUGGUUUAGCUCCGUUUGUCGUUUAUCAAGGAAAAUGGAGUGUCGUCGAUCGCGAUUUUGAACGCGAGAUCAUCCCCAUGUGUCGGGAUGAGAAUAUGGGAAUUGCACCUUGGGGUGCCCUGGGAAGCGGCUAUCUGAAGACCGAAGCCCAGCUCAAAGAAAUGGAAGCAAAGAAUGAAAAGGGGCGCCAGGUUUUCGGUGGAAUUACACAGAAACAUAGAGACUUGACUGCAAUCUUGGAGAAGAUUGGCAACAAGUACGGUGUUGGUGUUACUGGUGUUGCACUUUCCUAUGUCAUGCACAAGGCCCCAUACGUUUACCCGAUUGUGGGUGGAAGAAAGAUUGAACACCUUAAAGGCAAUAUCGAAGCCCUUGAAAAGGUCCGCCUAACGGAAGAAGAUAUCAAGACUAUCGAAGAUGCGUCGCCAAUCGACCUUGGGUUCCCACACAACAUGCUUGGUGGUAACGGUGGGCACCCGUCCGGCAACCCAUUAUUGGGCAACGCCUCGAGGCAUGAGUUCCAAGCGUAUCCCACAUCAAUCGAUGCGGUCAAGUCAGAGAGAGCGGGCACCGUCGGAAAAGCUACCCAAGCUUAAAUAAACAUUGUUGUACAUAGUAUCGUGUUCACAUUUGGUCCAAUGCAAAGUUCAUGAAUAUAUCCUUGAAGCUUUCGUGCGCGUGAACGCAAGAGCGA